AUGGUACUUUUUAUUUCGAAACUUUCAGGAACAAAUGGGUCUGCAAAUAGACCAAAUUCUAGGAACUCUCUUAACAGCAGACUCUCUAGUUCACAUAACUCAUUACGCACAUCAUCUGCAAAUAAACCUGACGAUUCCAUAUUCAUUACUCAGGCAAUGUCGCAUGAUGCGUUACUAACAAGGGAAAUAUCUGAUUUUUACAACGUGCCUAUAGAUUCCGAUAUAUAUGCUCUACCAAUAGAUAUGGUAAAAACAGAUAAAUAUAGCGGAGUGCAAAACAAAGAAGAUACAAUUAAAGAAUAUAAAAAACUGAAUAAUUUAAUUUUAACUGAGGAAGGGUACUGUAAACAUUCAAAAUUAAGUCGCAAGAAUAAUAAAAACAAACGAAAAAAACGUAACAGCGAUUAUUAUGAAAGCGACAUGACAAACGCAUUUACAUCUACGAAUAAAAAGUCGGCUAAUUUAGAUUCGACGGAGGAUUAUGGUAUACAUAAUGAUGGUCAUACGUUCUUAGAAUUGGGCGAACCACAAGAACGACUCCAGAUGACGUUGAAUGAAGUGAAAAAAUAUUACCACACGCUUUACUCUAGUACAAAUAACUCAACAGAUAAAAAUAAUGAGUCGGUAAAAACUGAUAUAGUAAAACGUUCUAAUGAAACAAUAUGGAGUGAAUCGUCUCCAAGGUUACAAAAUAAUCUUUGUUCUAUUAAAGACAGUGAAUUCAAGUUAAGCGCCAGGACUUUUAAAAACUGUAAUGAAAAUAAUGACACAAUUAACAACAACAACAUAAAUAAAAUCGUCUUUUCUGAUAACUAUAACAUUACCCAAAACCGGCUAAUAAAGGUCGAUGAAGUAGAUUCAUCCUUCCAAGUUAUACGAACUGAAAAAAAAAACACAGUUUUCUCUUAAUUUGAAGAAAAAGUUUUGUAAUAUAUUUCGUAUUCGCCGAACUCAACGGCCAUUCCAAACAAACCCGUCGAGUACGGAACCCAUGACUGUCAGUCGGGAUCG